AUGGUAAGGUUGGAGGGCUCGUCUUUGUUCAGCCUAGGCAGGCUUCAGACACCUGCUGAAACGGACAGUGUCUACGAUAUUGAUGUUUCCGUCAAUGAAAACCAAAGUUUCGUGUCCAUCGUCAAUGAGUUGAGGGGGUUGACAUGGGACACCACUUCUGGAACCCAAGAAACGGACACCAGUGAGCGAGAUCGGAUGCAUUUGGACAUGAUCCACGUCGCAGGUGAGCAAUCAAAACAAUCUUGCAGACCAGACCAAGGCGUUUCGUUCCAAGUCAACUUGACGCUGCUUCGGUGA